AUGCGCGGCGACCGCGCCGCGCGCGACACGCGCCAUAAUAAAGACCACGAUAACUUAAAGUCUUCACUUAAAAAAGGCAGUAAAUCCAAAAAGCAUCGGGUGAUCUUCGAUGAGAGCGCCAACGAAUUUUUUGAAGCCGAUUAUAUUAUCGUUGUGCGCGACGAGUGUGGGUACUCUGAUGAAGGAGAAGGCGACGAAUGCUCAGGAUGCGGCGCGUGCGAGCGCUAUCAGGAGCCGGAGGCGGGCGCGCUCAGCCCGCCCGAGGGGUACAAGGACAUGGGGCUGUUCAACCGCGACGGCACGCUGCGGGAGCAGGCCUGGUGGGAGGCCGGCGACGUGCUGCUGGUGGGCGAGCGCUCGGGCACGGUCUUCACGCCGCAGCACCUGCAGCUGCUGCGCCGGCUGCAGCGCGAGCGGAUGCUGCGCUCCACCAUCUGUGCCGACUGCGACGCGCACGCCGCGCUCCACCAGCCUCUAGAAAUGGAGUACAGCUAUGAAGAAGAGGAGGCAAGCGAUGUGGAGGCGGACUUACGUCCGGUGGCGCGGCGGACCGCCAAGCACAUCGCAGCCGGGGAGGAGCGGCCCAGGAUCAACUCCAGCCAGCAGACCACGCCCACUGACGAAUGCGCCCCGGAGAUCUGCAUGGAAGAGACCAAGCCCGAAAUGCCAGCGCCACUAACCAGUGAGGACAGUGAUACAGCGGAUACUGAUGGCAGACUAUCUUCCGAGAGCUCUCCGCUUCCGCAGCGACGGGGAGGCAUAUUGAAAGGCGGGAGGCUGUGGAAGUCAUUGGACACCGACAAGGAUAUGAAUGAGCAGAAUGAUGACCAGAGGUCUACAACGACAGCUAGUGAUGAGGACGGGUCCAUCACGCCACGAUCAGUGCGGUUCUUGGAGAGGCCCAAAGAUUCGGAGGAAGAGCUCCCGAAGAAGGAGCCAGAAGCAGUACAGACACAAACCGUAGAUACAGAAAUUAUAACACAAAAGGAUUAUAACACCACAAGUACAACACACAGACUGGAGACGCCGCUGAUCCUGACGAUCAACGCGCCAAAAGCCAAUUCAGCAGUCCAGCAGCUGUUCAACAGCGGCAGGCCACCGCCGCCCGCGAUCGAACCACAGUUAGUCACUUCUGAAACGCUGAGGGCUUGGGACGCGGGCGGCAGACCCAAGACAGAGGAAGCCGCGGUUCGCCGCGUGGCUGAAAGAAAUGCUCUACGAUGCUCCUUAUUACGGAGUGAAGCUAGGAAAAAGCAACAACCUAAGCAGGAAACGACGUCACUUGCUGAACGUAUUCGAUUACUGACUUGCGACGUGGAGGACGAGCCUGAGGACCAGAGGUCGUCGCCUGCGGGGGCCAGUGCUGACAAAAUGUCGAGCAGCAGCGACAAAUCCAGCGACAAGUCAUACAAUAGCAUCAACAUCGACAAGAACAGCGAGAAAGCGUUCGGCAGCGCGUCGUCAAGUUCGUCUUCAUCAACAAUAUCGGUACCGCUGCCGACGCGCCAACUGCCUCCAGAUCUAGGUGACGUUCAUCAGGAACCACAGAAAAUAAAACCAGAGCCCAGAAGGCAGUUCUUGUCCACAUUAGCUCCACUGACUGCGUGCGUGGGCAGCGCGGCUCAUCACGAGGGCUUCUACUACGUGCCCCCUGGAGACCGAACAUCGGCGUCUUCAGCCACGAACCUUGACCUACAAGAGCAUAACGAUGCGCCAGCUCCAGAUGUCGUCGCAGGCACUCCGGGUAAGCGGUCAGGCGCUGGUGAAGGAGAUGAUGGCCUAGCUGCUUUCGCCAGGGCUACGGCUCCGAGGACUGAGAGACUAAGACAGCGGUACGGCCAAGAGUCGCAGCCCGUGAGCAGCGAUGACGAGCAUGAUGACUACGGUUUCCACCGUCGGCCGGCUGUUCGAGGCAUAGCUAUGAAGCAGCAACUUGGGGCUUCUGACGAGAUAUUGCAACAGAUGCAGAAUGAACUACAGCCAUCUCCGGGCACCACUCCUCAACAAAUGCCUUCACAUGCAUGCCAGCGCACCAACUCCAAUUACUCCUGGCCAUACUACUCCGAAGCGAACCUCAACUCCAGACCUCAAAGCAGAGCCAGUGCUAACUCUAACUGGUCGAAGUCAUCGGACUACAUGCAGUCGCGACCGUGUCAGAGUACCCCGGUACCUCAGCAGCAUUCAGACGCAUGCUACGCGCACGCACAGAACAUGGCCACCUACGCUCACUACCAACAACAGAGGCAGCAACAAGAGAACAUGUACAGGAAUUGCUCUCUUUAUGCUAAUAUCGGGUGUUCGGACAGCAGUCAGGAGCUGUACAGUUCUCAGACGAGCUCGGAGCAGACCUCGCCAGUCCGCGCCGUGCCGCGCUGCCGCCGCCCGGAGUCGCCGCCGCCGAUCAGGAGCCACCACCAGCUGCUGUACCUGCCGUACAGUACCCACUAUCACUACCAACACCACGCUGACUACGGAGUACAGCAAUGGCAGCAGGCCAACGAUUACAACCGCAUGCACUCGUAUUACCAACAACAAGCCCGCAGCGGUGCCAGCACCCCGCAGCCGGCGGCGGUGCAACCGCAACGUGCUCACUACACGCAUGCACUACAGCUACAGACGCUGUGCCCGGCACCCGCGAGGUAUAGACCUGUUCCAGCACCCCAGCCUGGAGGGGGUAAACAGAUGAUAUGCUACUCAGAGAAAGUAGCGGCUCCAAUGUACCAACCAGCGCCUGGAUCUCCAUCCAGGGCUGCGCGAGGAGCUCCGGAAGGUGCCCCGUCGGGCGUGUCAGCGCAGCAAGCCACGUCGCCCAUGGCACCUCCGCCGAACCCCGUCUACUAUGCUAUGAAUGUCUGACGAGGAGACUAGGUGAGAAUCGUGGUGGGCCCUACAGGAGAGGUCCGUGUCAGUGUUGAGCCGCAAGCGAAUGCAGCCAUGCCCACAAAGAAACAGUAAUACCUUAAAUUGUUGUUUGUCAAACCCUAAGGGAUCUUAAGUUGGAAAAGGUUCCCAUUUGGUCUGUACCCACAUAUUGCUUGUUGAUGUAAUCUCAAACACCAGAAACAUGUGUCGAACGUACCCUUGGGACCGAAACAACAAAAUCACAGCAAUGUCUUCAUUGUAAAUAAUUAUUGUAAGCAAUCCAGGUUAUGGGUGUUCGUAAUGUACCUAAGCAUCAAUUUACUGGCGAUCGUUUCUCUUAAAUUAUUGAUAAACAAAACAGUGAAGUGAAGCUUGGGCAAUGGCUAUUUCCAAAUAUUAUUAUUUUUGCUUUAAUCGAAAAACCAAAAGAAUUAAACUAGAUCAAAAUUGUUGGUAUGUUAAAUUAUUAAACGUGUUCUGUAUUACGAAUAACUGAUACGCGAAAUAGUUGUUAUAGUAAAACACUAUUAGCAAUAGCCGAACAUAGAUUAAGUUUCUCAUAAAGUUGUUGUGUAAAAGAUGCUCUGCUGUUUGCAAUAUCCAAUGUUUGCUUAAUAAGUAUGUGUCUUUAAAGUUAAAUCAAAUAUUAUUAACUUUCGUCAAAUCUAAGUAUGAGGAAUGAAGUAGGUAUUGACAUACAGUUGGAAUUCGAGAAAAAGGAAUCUGGGAUACCUAUUAGUGUCUGAAAAAACGGAAACAACAAUGAAUACGAUGAAGGGACACGGCCUAGAUGAAUCAAAGAAUUGUUAGAUCCUACAUAGAAUAAAAUAAAUAAAUAGUUAACUAAUUAAAUGUUUGCAACGAUUAAAUUUCACAACGUGAAGACAUAGGUAAUCCUACGAAUGUUGAAACAAAUCUGUUUAUGACUAAAAUAAAUAUAGCUUACUCGGUGGUCUUGUACAUUCUCAGUAGAAGUUUUUGUGAAUUCUAACUGAAUUGUUCUGUAUUAGACAAAACCAUUUUGACGCAUUUUCUAAUGCAUAUUUAAUAAACUUUGAUCUCAUUGUUGAUGUUGUUCGUGAACAGGCCUUAUUGGGGCCUACCCAGUAAAUAUAUUUACAAGCGUAUUUACCUACGCAGGGCUUCCGACCCGUGCACUCGUCAUUCAUCUGUUAUUAUUAAGUACCAAAGACCUUUUAAUUGUACCUGUUGGGUGAACCUCCUCAAGGGCGGUCCGCAGGUGUGAAGGCAUGUGAAGUCCAAUUGCUGACAAGUACUUAAUUGUCCUGCGGCGGGUUGUUACACACUGAACGAAGUUGUCCAAGUAUGGCAUAACAAUUGACCAUUUGUUUUCAAGUAUUUUUUCAAAAACGAGUGCCAAAAUAAGUAUUAGCAACGUAGUUUUGAGAAUGAAAAACUAUAUAACUUGUAAAUAUCGACGAGGUUAAGUUUUCCUAUUGCCGGCCUAGAAUCAUUUAAGUUAAUUAAGGCUACUCAGGCUGGUUAUUGAACCUGAAAUAAAACUACUGACAGACUGUAUCACGGAAU